GUGUCACGAGCGCCGCCGCGCGGUGAAUCUCCGCAGCACAUCAGCCGUUGUGCCGCCGCCAUCUUGAGCAAAAUCCAGAUCAUCAUCAUUAUCAGAUUGACAGCAAACACACACUAGCACAGUGUGUUUCAGAGCGGCGAUGGCCACAGCACCUUACAACUACUCGUACAUCUUUAAAUACAUCAUCAUUGGUGAUAUGGGUGUAGGAAAGUCAUGCUUACUUCAUCAGUUUACAGAAAAGAAAUUUAUGGCAGAUUGUCCGCACACCAUCGGCGUGGAGUUUGGCACCAGAAUAAUCGAAGUGAGCGGCCAGAAGAUCAAACUGCAGAUCUGGGACACAGCCGGACAGGAACGAUUCAGAGCGGUAACACGCAGCUACUACAGAGGAGCCGCCGGAGCGUUUAUGGUGUAUGACAUCACCAGGAGAAGCACAUAUAACCAUCUCAGCAGCUGGCUCACGGAGGCCAGGAACCUCACCAACCCAAAUACUGUAAUUAUACUGAUAGGAAACAAAGCAGAUCUUGAAGCCCAGAGAGAUGUGACGUAUGAAGAAGCAAAGCAGUUUGCUGAAGAGAACGGUCUUCUGUUUCUGGAGGCCAGCGCAAAAACAGGCGACAACGUGGAGGACGCUUUCCUGGAAACAACUAAGAAGAUCUACCAGAACAUUCAGGACGGCAGUCUGGAUCUGAACGCAGCCGAGUCAGGCGUCCAACAUAAACCAUCAGUGCCUCAGGGCGGUCGUCUCACCAGUGAACCGCAGCCACAGAGAGAAGGGUGCAGCUGUUAAUGACCAACAUCCUCUUCCUCCUUUCUACGGCAUCUUCAUCAUCACACGAUUGCACCUGUCACAAGAACCCUGCCCACAGGAGGUGAAAUCAUGGGUCUUUUCAUCUUCACUUUCUCGAUCUUCUGGUCUCUGUGGGUUUUUUUCAUCACGGUGUGACUGCUCAUGAUCGCUUUAGGACAGAAGCAUCAGUGAGUCAGCUGAUAAUCAGGUUAUUUUCAUUCAUUCACAUUCAUAUGUCUAUAACAUUGUGAGAUAUGUGACUCACAGAAGAAGCGUCUGACAGUGACUACGGCUGUGAUUUCAGCACAUGUGUGUUCUGAACUGACUGAUCAUCACAUGAGCUCAUAAAGCUGAAGAGACAGAAUGAUGUUCAGUAGUUUAGAUGUCAGGUUUGUGCAGCGGACUGCAGGUGCUGGGAGAAACCGCAGCGCUUCUUUAAAUGCACUUAUGUAUACACACAUGCAGAAAUAUACACACUUGUGUGUUUCAUUAGCUGGUUUGGUGGCUUUUGUAAAUGAAAGAUCUUCUUCAUCCUUUAUAAACGAUUCUUUUGGUCUCCUGUGUACAUCAGGGUGGAUCUCUUAAACACACUAACGGGUCACGUUCACCAGGAAACAGAAAUUAUUUAGACAACGGUAAGAAUCCAGAGGUUUUUCAUUGUGAAAAUAUUCAUAACAAUUAAUCACAUUUCCCACCCAAUCAUUGCUUUAUUUGUAUUUCUCAUUCUUAAUGAUUCUUAUACAAUUCAUUUUUUUAAGUCAAAAUAAUCAUAAUGCAAAACACGUGUUUACUUUCUGUGUGCAAAAUAAUUUUGUCCUUUGACUUAAAGGUGAAUUAUGAUCCGGACUGUUUCACCCAUCAAUUAAUGUUUGUCUGUCUUUAUUAUUAUUAUUAUUAUUUUAUUGCCUUCUAUUAUUUGUUGUGGUUUUUGGUUUAAAUUUGAGAAAUCUGACUCCGCUGUGAUGUCAGCUUAUAUAAUAACAGCGUCUGUGUAUGUAUUAUGUGACAUCACACUGAUUCAGCUGCUGUGACGCUCGGACAGAUGAUUUGACACAGAGAUGCUUAAAUGGGUCAUGUGACAUUGCUAAAAACAAGGUUAUUUUGUGUAUUUGUUAUAAUGCAGGGUUCACACAUUAUUCUUGCUCUUCUAAGCUCCGCCUUUCUAUAAUGCGCAUCAUUUUUAAAAGGGCUGUGUGCUCUGAUUGGCCAGCUAUCCAUUGCAUUGUGAUUGUCUGAAUACCUCAAGCGUGUGACGGAAAUGUUACGGCCCUCACUACAGUGAGAAUAAAAGUUACACCUUCUUUCUUUAUGUAUACAUCUGCGAGCGUUAUGCAAAUCUACUCAUAGAGUAAUGUAGAUGCAUGGGGGUGUUUUUGAAUCAAACAUCUCUGGGGGUUUAAGACUUCACAGAUCUUCUAUAUGCAUAAACAGGUUUUAAAAAAACAGAGGAAAACCUGAAGUCCCAUCAUAUGAGCCCUUUAAGAUUUCCACAGAACAUUUCAUCAGUUGAGGGUUUUAUUUGGAGAGAUGAGACGACAGCAUCUCUUUACUAUCUGACUGACCUCUUCUUGUGGUUUACCUGAGAAACAAACUAAAGGAGCUGUGCUAACAUUUCUGUUCUUGUCCAGUCAUGAUUUUGAAAUUUUGAUUCAUGACAUUUUGAUUUUAAUGAAGAUAAAAAUGCUCUAGAAAUAAAACCAAACAGCAUUUUACCCAGUGUUUGGUGUCAAAUUUAAAGCGAAGACUUUGGGAUAAACUUUGGUUCAUAGGAUCUGAUUAUCAUGAUCAUCACAGAAAACUUUAUCAACCUUGAGGAUGAGUUCACCCAAAUGCUCAAAACCUUACACAGUAAAAAACAUUGCAUUUUCGUCAAAUCAACAUAUGAACAAUUUCAACUUAAUUUUAUAAGUGAUGUCAACUUUUCAUAAGUUUAAAUCUAAAUAAAGACGGUUGAAUCAACAAGUAACUUCCUACUGCAUUUCUUUUGUUUGUGUUAUAACUUAAACUUAUUGAUGUGUUCCCAUGUUUGAAUUUAACAAAGUUGUGUUUAAGUGUCAAGUUUGCUAAUAAAGUUCAAAAUAUUGUUUUAUUUACACAAACAGAUUGUUUUGCAUUAGAAGUCAUUUAUU